AUCAUUUCUCACCAGCAGCAAGCUUCACUAUUUGAUCUCACUCCCUGACCUCAGCCAAAAUCCCAAAUCUUCUUUCUUUCCCCCCUCUAUUAGUUUCUUGCUGCAGAAGCAGUCACCUUAUUAGCAUUUACUAAAAAAAAUGCAUUGCCAGACAGGUUCAUGGGGUUCUUACGUGCCGACCACCAGGACUACAGUUGGGGAUCCAUUGGAGAGGAUAGAGAGGUUGGCUUCGGAGAAUGCGGUGGUUAUAUUUAGUAUUAGCAGUUGUUGCAUGUGCCAUGCCAUUAAGAGGCUGUUUUGUGGGAUGGGAGUAAACCCAACUGUGUAUGAGCUUGAUCAAGACCCUCGAGGGAAAGACAUGGAGAAGGCUUUGAUGAGGUUGCUUGGAAGUUCUCCUGCUGUUCCUGUUGUGUUUAUUGGUGGGAAACUUGUGGGUACAAUGGAUAGAGUCAUGGCUUCCCAUAUCAACGGCACUCUUGUUCCUCUUCUCAAACAAGCUGGUGCUCUCUGGCUUUGAUGAUCUUUGGCAUUCCUCAUUUAAAAAAAAAAAACUGAUAUAGGAAAGCAUGGCAGAGGAAGAGGAGUGAUAGUUUUGGAGUCUACUCCAUUUUGGAAUACAGCAGUAGCUGAUAUGUCUUUAGUCUCUCAAGCUUUUCCUUCUUUUUUUUCCUUCUUAUUGGUGUUUUACUCACAAGUGGGUCUUUUUGGUGUGCCCUUUGUUUCAAGUUUUAACUAGUCUUUGAUCUCAAGUGUGAAAUGUAAUGGCUGAUGGUUCCCUCCUCUGUACAAAGGAAACAAAUUAAAAUAGUUAUUUUCAAUGAGUUUCCGCUUAA